UUGUGUUUCCGGUGUCAGUGAUGUUUCAUUGAACCGAGUUACUGCUUCAUGCUGAACUGAAGCAUUUGCAGAGCCAGUGUUUGUUUAUAUGUUUAAAUCCAGUUGGUACUAAGUACCUUCUUUUUUUGUUUCGGGUCAUGUACCGGCCAGAUGGACCCGGACGCGGUCCUCCGCCGCCGUUCGGACCUCCGCCUGCUCAUGUGCCAUUUAGAGUCCGAGGGCCCUGUCCUAUGCCUCCUCCUGGAAACCUGCCCCCGGGACCUCCUGGAGCAUUUUCGGCCUCCCCAUCGGAUAGCCAGUAUCUCCACAACCGGCCGCAGAGAGGGCACUACAUCGGUCCCCACUGUAGCAACUUCUCCAUAGACCGUAGCACAGUGAUUGCUCUGGGAGGCAGCCAGCAGAUUGUCCCUCCUGCAGAAAUGCCACAUCUUCAGGUCCCACAGUGGAAUCCCAGUCCUGUGGAGCAUCAUCUCCCAGACAACAGUGACAAAGCUGGAGAGGAGUUUCUUCGAUGCAUCGCAGCCAACAAACCUCUCCCAGACUAUCUCAAAGGGAAUAUGGCGCACAACCUGGCUGAUGCAUUUAAAUCUGCCACUGCCUUAAAAGAAGCUGUCAAAUCGGACCCAAAGUUCAAGAAACAGUUGGCCAGGAGCAGGAGCUGUAGUCGAAGUCCAAGUCGUGGCAGAAGCUGUGGCAGAUCUCGAGCUAAGAGUCGAGCACGAAGCAAGAGUCGAGCACGAAGCAAGAGUCGAGCACAAAGCAAAAGUCGAGCUCGAAGCCGAAGCCGAAGCAGAAGGAGGAGCAAAAGUCGAGCUCGCGGGAAGAGUCGAGCCAGAAGCAGAAACCGGACUCGCAGUAAGAGUCGGAGCCCGAGCCGAAGCAAGAAGAGUCGCGUACGGAGCAAGAGCCAGGUCAGAAGGUCUAAGUCACGAAGCAGCAGCAGCGAAAAGAGCUGUGGAAGAGUCAAGAAGAGGAAGAGGAGCCCUGGCCUCAGUGGCAGCAGUAAUAAUCUAGCAGGAAAUAGUCUGCUGGAAGGACUGAAGCUCGUCAUGAACAGCAAAGACAUGGAAGCGCGGUUACCGUCUCUGAAGGAAGCCAUCCUCACCAUUCAGGCCUCAGAUGAAGACAAAAAAGUGCCGUAUGAACAUCCGAGGGAGCAACAUGACAAUCAGGACCAUUCAUCGUCCCUGGAAAACGACAGCAUGCUGCUUCCUCAUGAAAGAGUGGGCAGCGACUUCUCUUGGCUACAAGAGAAAAGCGUGGAGGACAUCUCAGCCCAGAAAGCCACCGAGCUCGAGGACGAGGAGUCCUUCUUAUAUGGGACAGAAUCAUUUCCACAGGUUGGAGGACUUAGCAAGCUGGAGGACCUGGAUAGUUCUGGUGUCGGGAGUCACCAGAACUUGUCCCUGUUCAGUAGUUUGGGGAGUCUGCUUGAUCAGAAACAAACCCUUCAAAAGGUUUCGUCGGCCUUUCCCUCUUCCAGUCUGAGCAGCGCUGAAUGUGAGAAAGUCAAGAACAUAUUAAAAACUCUGGGAGCAUCUUCGGAUGCUGGCAAGAUGAAGACACCAGGUCCGAAGGACGGGAAUGAUCCGUGUCCUCUCAGUUCAGAUACAGCAGUAGCUUCGCUGAAUAACCCCAACGUUCGGAAGGCUCUGGAAUCUCUGCAGUGUCUGAUCAAAGCAACUAAGGAGGAACGGGCAAAAAGUGAUGGAUCUCAUCAGACAUCACAGGCGGGUGAUGAUGGAGACAGGAAGAGAAACAAACAAGCCAAAGUCUCUGAAAUGGAAGCAUUGGCCAGAGAACUGGAGGAGCUGUUAAAACAGGAUGGACAGGGCUUCCUGUCACCAGUGAUCGGAUUUUACUGCCAGAAAUGUCAGGAGUUUAUCAGAGAUUUGAACUCGGCUGAAAAACAUGCAGCUUCCCACCGCAGUAAAGAGCAGUCGGACAAGCUUAUGAAAGAUGGCAGAGGACACUUCCAGCAUCACAGCUCCACUGGAGGCCAUCACUCCUCAGAGAGAAGCGACCACAGGAAUGGCAGAGAGUUCCAGCAGAGGUGGACGGACGGGAAAGAUCAGAGGAGCCCACGCUACAGCGACGACCUCCGAGGUCACAAGGCCGGCCAGGAAAAUGUGUAUUUGAAAGAGGAAAUGAAGAAAGAGAGGAUGCUCAUAACCGUGGCCUGUGGACGGACUCCUCAGAACGUCCGAGUCAAGGAGGAGGUUAACAAGGAGCAGCCAAUCACAGGCUACGGCAAAGUCAAUAUGGAAGGCAGAGAUAAAACAUCUAAGACCAGCAGAGAGAAAGACAAGAAGGACAGAUGUAGGAGCAGCGACAGCAGCAAUGGUGGCAAGUCGCCUAAAACUAAACAGUCAAAAAAGAAAAAAAAGAAAAAGGAGAAAAAGAAGAAGAAGGAGAAGGAAGACAAAUCUUGAGUGUUUUAGUCCACCUAUCCUGAUCUGUCUCCAGGAGGAUGCUGCUCAACAUCCUGAACCCUGUUUUUUGUGGUUUGUUUUCUCUGAUGCUGCGGUCGGAUGACGAAGUAGUUCAGACCUCAUCGUGGUUAAAGCUGCAGUCUGACAUGUUCGGAAAACCACCAAGACUUUUUCCAACUGGAUGCGACUGGACAAAACUUUCCCUGACUGGACGUGACUAGAUGUGACUGGACGUGACUUUUCCCGAUUGGACGUGACCAGAUGUGACUGCACGAAACUUUCCCCGACUGGAUGUGACUGGAUGCGACUGGACGAGACUUUCCCCGACUGGACGUGACUAGAUGCGACUGGACGAAACUUUCCCCAACUGGACGUGACUAGAUCCGACUCGAUGAGACUUUCCCCGACUGGACGAGACUAGAUGCGACUCGACGAGACUUUCCACGACUGAACGUGACUAGAUUCGACUCGACGAGACUUUCCCCGACUGGAUGUGACUAGAUGCGACUCGACGAGACUUUCCCCGACUGGACGUGACCAGAUGUGACUCAACGAGACUUUCCCCGACUGGACGAGACUGGAUGGGGUGAAUGAAUGUGACUUCUGGUAAGUAGGUCACGAGUGGAUUUUCCCAGCAUGUCAGUGCUCCAGUUACAAAUCUUCAGCUCAAAUUGUGUCAGUGAUUUAAAUGUCCUCACUUCCUUCAUUUAAAUAUGUUCAGAAGAAGAAGCAUCAACUUUUCAUCGCCAUGGUUACAUCAUCAUUUGUUUAUUUUCCAGGACCAACAGCCUUGUAGUGUUAGAAAUGUGGAAUGUGCAUUUUUAUCUGACUCCUGUGGUGAUGAUGUCGAUUUCAAAAAGAAACAUGGAAAUCUGGACAUUUUAAUAAAGAUUAUGAGAAAGAA